GUGGUGCAGCCGGGCGGCCCGCGCUGGGGCGGCCGCGGAGCGCCGGGCCCUCUUGAGCACGGCUUCGCCGGUUUGGCGGGGUGAAAGGUUGCGAAGAUGGCGACGGCCUUGAGCGAGGAGGAGCUGGACAAUGAAGACUAUUACUCGCUGUUGAACGUGCGCAGGGAGGCCUCUUCCGAGGAGCUGAAAGCUGCCUACCGCAGGCUGUGUAUGCUUUACCAUCCGGACAAGCACAGAGACCCGGAGCUGAAAUCACAGGCAGAACGGCUGUUUAACCUUGUUCACCAGGCUUAUGAAGUGCUCAGUGACCCCCAAACCAGGGCCAUCUAUGAUAUAUAUGGGAAGCGAGGCCUGGAGAUGGAAGGAUGGGAGGUGGUGGAGAGGAGGAGGACCCCGGCCGAGAUCAGAGAAGAGUUCGAGCGGCUGCAGAGAGAGCGGGAGGAGAGGAGGCUGCAGCAGCGAACCAACCCCAAGGGAACCAUCAGCGUCGGAGUAGAUGCCACUGACCUUUUUGAUCGCUAUGACGAGGAAUACGAGGAUGUAUCUGGAAGCAGCUUCCCGCAGAUUGAGAUUAAUAAAAUGCACAUAUCCCAGUCCAUCGAGGCCCCCCUGACAGCCACGGACACAGCCAUCCUCUCAGGAAGCCUCUCCACCCAGAACGGCAACGGAGGAGGCUCCAUCAACUUCGCACUCCGCCGAGUCACCUCUGCAAAAGGCUGGGGCGAGUUGGAGUUUGGAGCAGGCGACCUCCAGGGGCCACUGCUUGGUCUCAAGCUGUUCCGUAAUCUCACCCCAAGAUGCUUUGUGACGACAAACUGUGCCCUGCAGUUUUCGUCCCGGGGCAUCCGGCCCGGCCUGACCACAGUCCUGGCUCGGAACCUGGACAAGAACACGGUGGGCUACCUGCAGUGGCGCUGGGGCGUCCAGUCAGCCAUGAACACGAGCAUCGUGCGUGACACCAAGACCAGCCACUUCACCGUGGCCCUACAGCUGGGGAUCCCGCACUCCUUCGCCCUGAUCAGCUAUCAGCACAAAUUCCAAGACGAUGACCAGACCCGAGUGAAAGGCUCUCUGAAGGCAGGCUUCUUCGGGACAGUGGUGGAGUACGGGGCCGAGAGGAAGAUCUCCAGGCACAGCGUCCUGGGUGCGGCCGUGAGCAUCGGGGUCCCGCAGGGCGUCUCCCUCAAGGUCAAGCUGAACAGGGCCAGCCAGACCUACUUCUUCCCCAUCCACCUGACGGACCAGCUGCUGCCCAGCGCCGUGUUCUACGCCACCGUGGGGCCCCUGGUGGUUUACUUUGCCAUGCACCGCCUGGUCAUCAAACCGUACCUCAGGGCGCAGAAGGAGAAGGAGUUGGAAAAGCAGAGGGAGAACACCGCCAGCGACAUCUUGCAGAAGAAGCAGGAGGCAGAGGCGGCUGUGCGCCUGAUGCAGGAGUCUGUCCGCAGAAUCGUCGAGGCCGAGGAGUCCAGGAUGGGUCUCAUCAUCGUCAACGCCUGGUAUGGCAAGUUUGUCAACGACCAGAGCCGGAGGAGCGAGAAGGUGAAGGUGAUCGAUGUGACGGUGCCCCUGCAGUGCCUGGUGAAGGACUCAAAGCUGCUACUCACGGAGGCCUCCAAGGCAGGGCUGCCCGGCUUCUACGACCCCUGCGUGGGUGAGGAGAAGAGCCUGCGGGUGCUGUACCAGUUCCGAGGAGUGCUGCACCAGGUGACAGCACCCGACAGCGAGGCCCUGCGGAUACCUAAGCAGUCACACAGGAUCGACACAGAUGGAUAAGCUGCCGGGAGGUGGCUGCAGAGGCGUUGAGGACCCUUUCCCCAGGAGUCCACAAAUUCGGAAGGGGAAACCCCGAGAUCAGAUGCUCUAUUUUAUUUUAUUCCUCUAGAAGGUGUGGUACCACGUGAAUUAUGUGCAGGGACACACAGAGGCCAUGUCACGGGUGCUGCAGGGAGGACCAGGACAGCGCCACCCUGUGCCAGGCCCCGGGCACCCCAGGAUCGCAGCCCCAGAGGGCAGGUCCCAGCCUGCACCCAGCGGGUUGGCCCAGCCAGAGCCAUUUGGGGCGCCCUGGUCCCAUGAGUCCAGAGUGCAGGGAGUGCAGCAAGGCCAGGGGUGGCAUCCCUGAGCGGACGUCUGCCAAAGGGGUCCGCACCCCUUUCUCUGCUGAAUCACCGGGCCAGAGGACACGGGCUAUAAAACUGCUUUUUAUCCAGGAA